AUGUCCUGCACCCCCAGCAGUCCCUCCACCUGCGCAGAUUGCACUCACGACCACAGCAACACAACAGGUCCAGGUCUAGCGGAUAUAGAAGACUAUCGCACCGAACUCUCCACCCUGCGAGCACGAACCCGUGAAUUGGAAGAUGAGCUAUCCAAACACGUCCAAACAACCACACCACCCCUCCAAACCACACCAACCCCCCUCCUCCGCUCCGCGAAAUGGUUCUCCCGCCCCGACGACAAAGCCCUCUCAGCCCUCUACAUCGACCGCUACCUCAACUACGGCUUGACGAUCGAAGAGCUGUCAUCAAACAAGCCUAUUAUCGGAAUCGCCAAUUCGGGCAGUGAUCUCGCGCCUUGUAAUCAGCAUCACGUCGUGCUCGCCAAACGUGUGCGGGAAGGAAUCCGUUCAGCAGGCGGCAUCGCGAUUGAAUUCCCCACGCACCCAAUCCAAGAGUCAUCCCGCCGUCCGACCGCCACUCUCGACCGCAACCUCUCCUACCUCACGCUCGUAGAACUGCUCUCCGGCUACCCCUUCGAUGGAGUCGUGUUGCUCACGGGGUGUGACAAGACGACCCCCGCGUGUCUGAUGGCGGCCGCGACGGUGAAUGUUCCCGCGCUGGUGAUGAAUGUCGGGCCGAUGUUGAAUGGGUAUGUGAAACGGGGGAGGGGGUUGGUGGGCAGUGGGACGGUGGUGUGGAAGGGACGGGAGAUGCAUGCGAGAGGGGAGGUGGGGGAUGAGGGGUUGAUGGAGUUGAUUACCGCGGGGACGCCGAGUGUGGGGCAUUGUAAUACGUUGGGAACGGCGUCGACGAUGAAUGCCCUGGCGGAAGCGCUGGGUAUGGCGUUACCUGGUAGUGCGGCGAUUCCCGCGCCAUACCGUGAACGAGCGCAGUGUGCGUAUAAGACUGGUUUGCAGAUUGUAGAGAUGGUGCAUGCAGACCGGAAGCCGAGCGAUAUCAUGACAAGGGAAGCGUUUGAGAAUGCCAUUGUUGCGAACACGGCGAUUGGAGGCAGUACCAACGCUCCGAUCCAUUUGUGCGCUAUUGCGAAACAUAUGGGCGUGGAAUUGGACUUGGACGACUGGGAUCGGAUCGGGUAUCAUAUCCCGCUGAUGUUGAAUGUGCAGCCCGCCGGAGAGUUUUUGUGUGAGGAGUAUUACCGCGCGGGUGGGUUGCCGGCGAUUAUGGCGGAAUUGUUGGAUCAGGGGAAGUUGCAUGGUGAUGCGCUGACGUGUACGGGGAAGAGUAUCAAAGAGAAUGUGCAGGGGAAGUAUACCUGGGAUCGGGAGACGAUCAAGAGUUAUGACGAGCCGAUGAAGACGGACGCUGGGUUUAUUCAUCUGAAGGGAAAUCUGUUCGACUCGGCGAUCAUGAAGACGUCGGUGAUUUCGGAGGAGUUUCGAGAAGAGUUCCUGGAGAAUCCGGAGGAUGCGAAUGCGUUUGAGUGUAAGGCUGUGGUGUUUGAUGGACCAGAGGACUACAAUGCGCGGAUCAACACGGCGGAUAUUGAUGAGAGGACGAUUCUCGUGAUGAGAGGGACGGGACCGAUUGGGUAUCCCGGCGCCGCGGAGGUGGUGAACAUGACGGCACCAGGCCACUUACUGAAGAAGGGAUUGAAGUACUCUCUGCCAUGUAUUGGAGACGGAAGACAAUCCGGCACAUCGGGAUCACCGAGCAUCCUCAACGCCAGUCCCGAGGCGGCGGAGAAUGGUAAUCUCGCAAUCUUGAAGGACGGCGACAUGCUUCGAGUGGACCUCACCAAGCGUCGGGUGGACAUGUUGAUCUCGGCGGAGGAGAUUGAGCAGCGGAGGAAGGAGUUGUUGGCGAAUGGAGGGUAUCAGGUGGUGGAGAGUCACACGCCGUUCCAGGAUUUGUUCCGGAGAGAGACGGGUCCGUUGAGUGAGGGCAUGGUGUUCAAGAGGGCGGUCAGGUUCCAGAGGGUGGCUCAAACCUUUCCGAGUCCGAGGGAUAAUCAUUGA